CGACGUACUUUUAAAAUGACCAGAAAGUUGUUCUUUUCUAAUUUAACGUACAGUUCUUUUGAGUGUAUGGAAUUUCUGUUAAAGACAGAGGUCGUGAUGUCAAGUCGUCUGUAAGUGUUGCAGCUCUGAACCCCUGAUUCUUUGAGCUUAGGAUGGCAUGGCGUGUGACGCAAAGCCUUCGGUUUUCACGUACUCCAUGCGAGUGGAAUGGCUGGGUCUCGAUGGCCGAACUCGAGUUAACAAUUCCAUGCGCGUGGAAUGGAGAGGCGUCGGCUUCAACGACCACCGAGCCCUGUGCGAAGUUGAAGAAACCUCCUCCAUAGCAACGGAGGCCAGGGCAGGGACUUCCGCCCUUCUGAGCGAUUCGCUUGCCCACACUGCAAGGUGUCUCCUGCAUCUGUUGGUGUUGGUUGCGCUGAUAUUUGUGUUGGGCCGGGGUCCCGGUUUCCGUGUGUUCAGAGUCCCCUUCGGUCCACACAGCUGGGAACUGGAUCCUCUGAUCUGCGACUGGAGGGUCGUCGAGCCUCCAUCCACGCCAGACGUCCGUCCACGGCGAUGUAUUUCUGCUGGAGCAAUUCUUCAGGCAUCAGAACCUCGUAACUCAUUUUCAAACGAUCCAGCCGAAGGAGAGGAAGAGGAAAUCUUGGGAUCGGAUGACGAUGAGCAGGAAGACCCUCGAGAUUAUUGCCGAGGGGGAUAUCAUCCUGUCAGAAUUGGUGAUUUGUUCCACAAUCGAUAUCAUGUGGUCCGAAAGCUUGGCUGGGGGCAUUUUUCCACAGUCUGGCUAUGCUGGGAUCUGGUGGCCAAGCGUUUUGUAGCCCUCAAAGUGGUGAAGAGUGCUGCUCAUUACACUGAGACAGCCCUAGAUGAAAUCAAAUUGCUCAAAUGUGUACGUGAAAGUGAUGUGGAUGACCAGAAGCGAGAUAAAACUGUUCAGUUGUUAGAUGAUUUCAAGAUCAGUGGAGUAAAUGGAACCCAUGUGUGUAUGGUAUUUGAGGUUCUGGGUCACAACCUCCUUAAAUUGAUCAUACGCAGCAACUACCAGGGUAUUCCAUUGAAAAAUGUGAAAGUCAUCAUAAAACAGGUAUUGGAGGGAUUGGAUUAUCUCCACAAGAAGUGCAACAUUAUUCAUACUGAUAUAAAGCCAGAAAACAUUCUUCUAUGUGUGGAGGAAAGUUAUGUACGGAAACUGGCAUCUGAAGCCACCCACUGGCACAAAAUGGGAUUAAAACUACCUGGAUCUCUAAUAAGCACAGCUCCAAAGGAAUACCAAGCUCCAGACCUUAAUUCUAAAAUGUCCAAAAAUAAGAAGAAGAAGUUAAAGAAGAAAGCAAAACGUCAGGCUGAGCUGCUUGAAAAGCAAAUCCAACAACUUGAACUGAAGGAACUACCAAACACCUCUACAACUCAAAAGCAAGCUAGUGACCAGGACCCUCAGGUUGUUGGUGUUGGAGAGGCUGAUGCUAGGGAAGAUGCAGACUGUGACAUUGAGAGUGAUGGACCAAGUGCUGGAGAAAGUGAAGGAGGAAAGAUACGAGUACCUACUUUUGUAACUCCACCCCAGACUGGAGGAAGUGAAGAAGCAGUGACACCAGUACCCACUUUUGUAACUCCACCCCAGACUGGAGGAAGUGAAGAAGCAGUGAUACGACUACCCACUUUUGUAACUCCACCCCAGACUGGAGGAAGUGAAGAAGCAGUGAUACGAGUACCUACUUUUGUACUCCUAACUCCACCCCAGACUGGAGGAAGUGAAGAAGCAGUGAUACGACUACCCACUUUUAUAACUCCACCCCAGACUGGAGGAAGUGAAGAAGCAGUGAUACGACUACCCACUUUUAUAACUCCACCCCAGACUGGAGGAAGUGAAGAAGCAGUGAUACGAGUACCUACUUUUGUAACUCCACCCCAGACUGGAGGAAGUGAAGAAGCAGUGAUACGAGUACCUACUUUUGUAACUCCACCCCAGACUGGAGGAAGUGAAGAAGCAGUGAUACGAGUACCUACUUUUGUAACUCCACCCCAGACUGGAGGAAGUGAAGAAGCAGUGAUACGAGUACCUACUUUUGUAACUCCACCUGAGACUGGAGGAAGUGAAGAAGCAAUGAAACCAGUACCCACACUUAUAACUCCACUCCCAACACUUUCCCAUCGUCACAGUCCUAAAGUGGAACCAACUACUGGUAAUCCCAGCCUUGAACAGACAACCACCUCCAAGACAGGCUCAGUAAGUGCCUCAUUAGCGGAUACCAAAAUUCAACAACAGGAUUCUGUUGCUGAUAUCAGUCCUCUGCUCAAUGGUGAUAAAAAAAUAAAGCCUAAAAGUACAGGUCUGGAGAACCGGAAGAGUUUUGCAGAAAUGGAACAUGCAGAAGUGAAGCCAGCAGGUACACAUACACAGCUGCAGAUCCCAGACUCAGACUCCAAUACUAUAUUCUGCAAUGGCCAUGAUUCAUUGUCCGCUGCAUGUGAGAGUGACCAGGACCGUUGUGCCCCUCUGGGACGCAGUGAGAGUCCAGUCCUCUCCAACAUGAGGGAAUCUUCUGUGGAGUGUGAUGGUAGUAGAGGAAAACCAUUCUGUCGAACGGCGUCGUGUCCAGAUACGUACCAACCGGAUCCAGUACGUGAAGUCUGCAAUAUUAAAGUGAAGAUAGCAGAUCUAGGAAAUGCUUGUUGGUCGUACCAUCAUUUUACAGAAGAUAUCCAGACGAGACAGUACCGUUGUUUGGAAGUUCUGUUGGGUGCAGGGUAUGGAACACCAGCUGACAUAUGGAGUACUGCGUGCAUGGCAUUUGAACUGGCUACUGGGGACUAUUUGUUCGAACCACACUCAGGAGAAGAUUAUACCCGUGAUGAGGACCACCUGGCGCACAUCAUUGAACUGCUAGGAAAUAUCCCCAGGCAUGUGAUGUUCUCUGGAAAGUAUUCGCGUGAGUUCUUCAAUAGGAAAGGAGAACUUAGACACAUCACCAAACUGAAGCCAUGGGGUUUGCUGGAAGUUCUGACCGAGAAGUACGACUGGAAUCGCAAGGAGGCCGAAGCAUUCGCAAAUUUUCUCACGCCCAUGCUAGAAUUUGAUCCCAACUUGCGUGCCACUGCGGCAGAGUGCUUGGCGCAUCCCUGGCUGAACUCGUGAGGACGAUGUGGCAGGUCAAAUCCCGAUUCCUCGCUGGUAUUAACUGUACUUGCUGGUUCAUUGUGGUCUCUGGCCCCAUUGUCAGAUGUUUUCUGGCCUGUCAGGUAAAGCCUGCAUUUCCAGAGGAAAAACACUGUAUAUCAUUAUUUCCCAUCACAAAUGGAGAUGAUGGUGCCCUUGCAGAUGAUUCUGAAGUCUCACAUUUUUCAUCACUGACAAGAAAUCAAAGAUCUGGAAUGUGGAUGAACGUUUUCCACGUUCUGAAGUUUGUGGGACAUCACAAAAAAUGACAGUUCUCCAUUCCUUGGUACAGAGUCGUGUUAUAUAAAUGUAAUAUUUUUGUAGACAAUGUAAUCAACCAGUAAAUGAAAAUAGAAAAAUGUUUACCCACAUGGAGUGAGGAUAUAACGAAGGUCGCGAUAUGAUACUCGGUGCUGAUUUGUGAUAUGUAGGUCAACGCUGCGUCUCGGUGAUGAGAUAGCUUUCAGGUUCCAAAUAGUUCGCUGAAUUAGUUAAACUGGCAUACAGUACAGACAGGGUGGUGCCAGUAGUUACAACGUUCCGUGUGCCACCUUUUCACGCCGGAAACAUAAAUGUACCAUUGACUGAGCAAAGCUGCAACGUCCGUAUUAUGCGACAAGAACCAGAAUACACUUGAAAUUUGCUGAAAUACUUACUGAAUUAUUUUCAUGUCUCUUUAUGUUGCAGUUUACAUAUUUAUCUAAUUAUAUUUUUUUUUACAAAUGCAUUAUAAAUCAACGCCAUUAUUAAUUGUUUGCGAUCAGAAUGGCUGGAACGUUCACUGGUUCUGUAUCUUAAGACAAACUGGACUGACGAUCAUAACGUGAAAGCAACUAAAAACUCUGCUUUGUAUGACGCUUUAUUUGUAAAUUUUCCAUAAUGGCGUUAAUUUAGUACCGCUUCCCUGAUCCGUAACUGUAAUACUUAUGAACGUGACAUUUUACGUAAUAAGGGAUGGAACUCGUAUGUACGUACGUGUUGAGAUUACUUUGGUCUUGGCUUAAAUUUUAAUAUGUUUAUUAAUGUCAUUUACAUGUCAUAUAGCUAGGGGGAAAAAAUACGGAAGGUUAAAUGAAUGGACAGCGUAGUUGUUGUUGUACAUUGUACUUUACUCUGUGAGCUUGAAAGGAGGACUGUGCUUUGAAAUACAUUUUUUUUUAAAAUAUGUUGCUUCUAAUGAACAAACUAUCACAUUCAGGCCUUCGUUAAAGACUCGGUUAGUUCACACGUGAUUUUGGUGGGCAAAAUAAUUGUGAAACAGAUUUUCAGAUUUCUCAUCACCUCAUCCGAUCAUUCCUCCUGUUAUUCAUGUAUUAUCUUGUGACAUGCUACGUAACCUUGUAAGUUGAUAAAACAUCAGCAAAUCAUCAUCAUCAUCAUCAUCAACCUAGUAAUGACUGGUGUGCCUGGAACAGCUGUUAAUAUCCUACUGAAAUAAUAAGAACACUUAUUUUAUUAUGAAAUUCAAAACUUUUCUUUCGAAUUUAAUUAAAAUGUAAAUGUGACAGUAUAUAAUCACAAAGAAACUUUUUAUCCACCCAAUUUCCCUCGUCUGAGGAACCACCAAAACAACAGAUGCUAAUGUUUGCAUCACAGUCACAAAACUGCGAUAAAAUUAUUCAAACUAUCGUCCUCCUUUAGGGUAAUAUAAUUUUAUUUUCAAUUACUACUAUUUUUUUGUCAUUUUCAUAAGAGUUUAUUAACUGUAAUUUAUGAUAUAUGUGAUGUGUGGAAACACAGUUUUGGCCGACGCUGUAUGCCACGUUGGCAGUUAUUAAAUGUUUCCGUUUAAAGGCAGGGUCACAUUUAAGGGGGAAUUAUGAGGGUGGUCACCCUGGGACCUCAAUAAAAUGCAAGUUUUUUUUUCUUUCCCCUACAGCAUGAAGCAUUGAUCAUAGGAUAAUGAUUUAUACUUAAUUAUUGUUCAUUUUGGUUGCCCCAGGGCCCCAACAAUUCUUAAUCGAGCCCUGGUUAAAGGUGUGACGUGGGUCAUGGAGGAGAUCUCCUCACAUUCCUAGCCUUGGCACAUUCCACCUGCAUUUUAUCCUAGGGAACUUCGGUAACUGCGGAAAUAGGCUGCGUUAAGUCCUAGACAUGAUCAGGCAUACAGCAGCGGCCAGAAAUGAUGCUUUCACGUGAACCUGUUUAGUUAUCGCAGCAAAAGUAAGACUUCAGGGUGAAAUAUAUUUGUAAUAAUAUUAUUUUGCAUUACAAGAAGUAAGAGUUGAUGACAAAAACUUAACAUUGUCUCCUAAAUUUUGGAAUUUUGUAUUUUUCUGCCGUGUUGCAUUUACCGCACGAGCGGCGCACGGCACGCCAGCUGCCAGAGACGAUAAAUGGAAGAUGAUAACCUUGGUAUUUUAAAUUUGGUAAGAUGUGAAGGUAAAAGCACAUUUUUUUUAUAUAUUGCUUCUAGAAUCAUUUCAUUUCACGUAAAUUUUACACCACAAUACAGUAUGCGUUUUACCCGGAAUUGGUGUAAUUUUUUUUGCUUGCUACCUGUGCCUUAUGAGCAGCAUCAGUUUCUGACUCUGAUUCAUUUUGAAAAUUUAUGCUGCGAGUCCAAGCUCCUAAGAGAGCUUCGUGUAAUGCUUAAUGCAGAAUUUACAAGAUUACAUCUCUCAGCUGUAGCUUUUACAUAGAUGUAAGAGAUGAAGACUAAGUUGUUAUGAAACAUUAUUAGUGCAGAAGUAUUAAUCAUCAUAAGUUACACUCUU